UAGUUUUGACGUUUUUAAAUGCAGUCACAAAAAUGCAGUUGGUGAUAACGUUUCUUUCUGUAUACGUUUAUUGAAUUUAUCGCUGUUUUAAACGUGAUAAGUUAUAAAACAAACUUCCUUAAGUUUGAACUGUAUCAAUAUUGAAUGAUUUUUUAAUCGGGAUUUUCCGUUCUCUUUUCAAUAAGCACGUUAACUUUUCUUGAUCUAAGUUUCACGUUUCUGGUAAAGUUUAUGAAUAUUCUUUGUCUAUUAGCCAAGUUCUGUCGUUAAUUUAUAUAACUACCUAUUAAACAUAGCGCACUUUAUAAACAGUCAAACUUGCUUUCUACCUGUGGUUCUUUUGUACAUAUCUGUAUUUGUGUAGUGACUGUUCGAUUACUUUAGCGAGUAAACCAAUGUGUGCUAAUAAUAAGUAAUCUGCAAUAAAGUCGAAGCAAUUUUCACACAACAAUUCCCUUGCGAUCGUCAACAGAACAUUUAAAUAAGCCGCCAGUCUUUAGCAUGAUAGGUAAGUAUAUGCUUAUCUUCGCUCAAUAUGCUUGACUUAACAAGUCAAUAAAAUUUGGAAAUCAAAAUUAGUCUUUUUGAUAAUUAUUUCAUACCACUUCUUCGUGAUAAGUAAUGUAUUCAUUCCGCGUAAUCCACCAGACUUGCGUCAGAAUAAUUCAUAAAAAGACAGUGCUAUUUACCUGUGCUCCACGAAUACGGUUUUACAGCAACACUAUGAAUAAACCACAAGUAUACGUAACUCGUCAGAUAAAUGAAGAAGCCUUGUGUAUCUUAAGUAAAACCUGUGAGAUUUCGAUCUGGACAGGACCGGGCCCAGUACCUCGAACUGAGCUUCUGAAAAAUAUCGAGAACAAAUCGGGCCUAUUUUGUAUGCUAACCGAUAAAAUAGACGCCGAGAUUUUGAACAAAGCUGGGAAAAACCUAAAAAUUAUCGCAACCAUGUCGGUUGGUUACGACCAUUUCGAUGUGGAAGAAAUAAAAAAACGUGGUAUAAAAAUGGCAUACACUCCAGACAUUCUCACAGAUGCUACAGCGGAAUUGGCAGUUGCUUUACUACUGAGUACCAGUAGAAGACUGUUGGAAGCCAACGAAGAAGCUAAAACGGGUGGCUGGAAAGCUUGGUCGCCCUUCUGGAUGUGCGGGCCCGGACUCAAAGGCUCGACAGUAGGCAUUGUGGGAUUUGGAAGAAUCGGCCAGGAGAUCGCCAAACGACUGAAAUCGUUUGGGCCCAAACAACUCCUGUACUACAACAGAUCUGAAAAACCAGAAGCUGAAAGGGACAUUGGAGCCGUGCGAGUCAGCUUCGAUGAACUUUUAGCUGAAAGCGACUUUGUCAGCGUCAGCUGCAGCUUAACCCCUGAAACAAAAGAACUAUUUAACGAAGCUGCAUUCAAAAAAAUGAAAAGCACCGCAGUUUUUAUCAAUACGAGCAGAGGCGGAGUAGUUGAUCAAGACGCUCUAGUGAGAGCAUUGGAAUCCAAGACAAUUUGGGGCGCAGGAUUGGACGUAACGACCCCUGAACCUCUACCUCUCGAUCAUCCAUUGUUUAAACUGAAAAACUGCGUAAUUCUGCCUCAUAUUGGCAGUGCUUCCAUUGAAACACGGAACGAUAUGGCUAUUCUAACUGCAAAAAAUAUCGUAGCUGCUUUAAAGAAUGAACCUUUGCUUACAGAGCUUGUCGUGUAAAAUCAACAAAGGUUUCAUUCGUUUGCAUUCAGAUCUGCCAAGAAACAUAAUUUUGAUUUUGUACAUUUACACCAGUUUCCUGUUCAGAUAGGAGAAUUAGUAGGAUAUAAAUCGAUGAAAAUUGCAAGAAAUACAGUCACUGCUUAUUUAUCCAAAUGCGUUUACUGUAUUCAGGAAUUAUAACUAUUACAAUAGGAAUUGUCAAAAAGUGGAUUUAGUGUUUUUUUGCCAUGAUUUUCUUACCAGAUUUAUUCUUAGUUUAUUUAAUAUGUUCAAUGCCAAUGUCCAAAUUAUAGUGAUCCAUAUUUG